AUGUCUCAACAACAAAUCCCAAAUCACAUUCUCGAUUCCAUCAAGAACAAGGUAUACUUUUUCAUGGAACAACAAGAGGAAUACAAGAAUGCAAUUUUCCAUGCCGAUAAAUUGUACCAUUUAACAUUUCAGAAUAAAAAAGAUUGGAGUAUCAAUUCCGAAGAUCCAUCCAUUUCGAUCUAUGAAAUAUAUUCCACAGGAGAGAUUGAAGCCAUCCAUUUACUUUCAAAAGCCUAUUUCAAGGCAGGACAAUUUAAAAGAGCGUUGCACUUAUUAACAUCAUCAUUUACCAAUUUCUCUCAAAGAGCUCCAAUGGAAUGUUUCUUUUUGGCCGCAAAAUGUUUGGAAAAGUGUGAUGAUUGGUUGGAAAUUUUGAGUCUUUUCGGGGAUAAUGACGCAGAGUUUGAACAAGUGUUACAUCGAGAAGGAGCUCAACAGUACAUUGCAAGUUUGUGCUUCUUGAGAGCCAAAGCGUUCGACAUGGUAGACAAUAAGGCUAGAGCCAUUCAUUGGUACACACAAACCUUAAUUUAUGAUCCAAACUUUUAUGAAGCAUUUGAAAAAUUGGUAGAGAAGAAUCUAUUGACUAAUCAAGAUCAAGUCGCCCUACUAAAUCAAAUUAAUUUUUCUCAGGACGAUCAAUGGAUUAAAUACUUUUACACAUCCAAAAUCGAUCGAUUUUGCUAUAUUAAUGACAAUAGCAAGCAAGCAUUAAGGAAAUUAAGCAUGGAAUAUAAUUUAUCGAAAAAUCAUGACGUUCGAUGCAGCGAGGCAGAACGAUACUUUUAUUCUCAACGUUUUAAUCAAGCUUAUGAAAUUACCAAACAGAUUAUUGAGGAAGAUCCCUAUAAUCAAGCAUGUUUACCAAUUCAUAUUUUGACUCUAGUUGAACUUAAUAAGAAGAGCGAAUUAUUUUCCUUGUCACACAAGUUAGUGGAUGAUUAUAAGGAAUCAGCAGUUUCAUGGUUUGCUGUGGCUUGCUACUAUUAUUCCAUCAAAAAAUUUGCGUCAGCUCGAUCGUAUUUUACAAAAGCAACAAACCAAAAUCCACACUUUUUAGAAGCAUGGCUUGGCAUUGGGCACUGUUUUUCAAAUGAUAAUGAGCCUGAUCAAGCAAUGGCAGCCUACAGAACAGCCUAUCGCUUAUUCACAGGAAGUCACUUACCUCCUCUCUACAUUGGAAUGGAACACAUGAAAACAAAUAACCUCACACUAGCUCAGAAAUUUAUACAACAAGCAUUAAGCAUUUGCCCAACAGAUCCACUCAUUCACAACGAAUUGGGAAUGAUCAGCUACAAGUGGAAACUCUACGAAGAUGCUAAAAAACAUUUUGAAAACGCUCUUCGACUCAAUCCCAAGAAGGACGACACUCCCAAUUUUUCGAGAGAAAUUUCUCAUUCACAAUACACCUCUCACUUUGUGGACACUGAAAACAAUAUUGUGGUUCAAAUGUGGGAACCCAUCAUGUUCAACCUUGCCAACACUUACCGAAAAUUGAAGCAAUACGAUUUGGCUCUAGCGUACUACAAGAAGUGUAUUGGAUUGCAGCCAAAGAAUGCAUCCAUUUACUCUGCAAUUGGUUUGACCUAUCAUUUACAACAAUAUAGCGGAAGUUCUAACUUGCAUACGGCCAUUGAAUACUACCACAAGGCACUUGCGAUUCAACCUGAUCACUCCUUCACAGCAACCAUGUUGAGUAAGGCACUUGUACAAAUUGCGAAUCAAUCACUCGAAUAUUUAAUGCAACAACCUGAGGAAGAAAUUCAAAAUUCUACACAUUACAACACGCAACAGAGUAACAAUGACCUCAAUGUUAGAAUUAACAAAUUGUCUCAGUAA